AUGACUACCCAAUUGCCAGCUCACGAGAUUGCUGCACGGGGACGAGAGAUCACCGGCCUCUCGAUUUUCCAAGACACGAACGAUGACAUAACGAAUGAAAGAGUCGAGGAGCUCAUGUCGGAGAUGCACACCGAUGUUCCUCAAGGCGGCUCAGACUUCAUCUUUGGAGAAAAAAGCAACCAACGAGUACGCCUUUGGAAGCCCGAUGGGCCAAACUCAGCAAAGUCCCCGGUCAUUGUCUUCGUUCAUGGUGGCAGUUGGAUGAUUGGCACCUACCUCGACUCCGUUGGGUCAGCAAAAGUCAGCCACCUUGUUGAUCGCGGUUAUAUGUUUGCUUCGGUUGACUACACGCUUAUUCCGACGAUUACUGUCAAGGAGCAGGUACAGGAGGUGGCUGACUGUGUGGCAUAUCUGAUCAAGAAUGCUGCCAGUCACGGCAUCGACCCCGAGAGGGUUGUUUUGAUGGGGCACAGCUCUGGUGCUCAUGUCGUUACGUUGAUAGGCACCGACCCAACCUAUAUGGAAAAAGCUGGUUCUAGUAUCGAUGUCUUGAAAGGCGUCAUUGCGCUCGACGGCUCAAACUACAACGCUAUGGCCGAGUUCGCCGACAAUUCCGGACCUAUAGUGACAAAUAUGGUUUACGGGUUGAGCGACGACCCAGAACGACUCUGCGCAAUGUCGCCGACACAUCACGCUUGUGCACCCAACGCCCAGGCUUUUCUGCUUCUCCACGCUCAGAGAAAGGGUGAUAUUCGCCAGGCGGUUGAGCUAUCUGUCGCGUUGAAAGCCGCGGGAACCAAGGUCGACUUGCACGUAUUUGAGGGAGAAGGGUUUGAAGGUCAUGUCGCGAUACUUUUGCGGCUGGGUCAUAGUUCUUAUCCAGCGACUUUGGUGAUGGACCGUUGGUUAGAGAAGCACGUCCCAACAAUUUCACAGACUCAGCCAGAAUGA